AGAAGAGAGGGGACUCGUACGUACGGACGGACGCACGCACGGCCGACCGACCGGUAGAGAGACAGAGAGAGAGAGAGUGAGGGAGGUUGAGAGAGAGAGAGAGAGUAAGCGAGCGAGUGGAGCGGGAGGAAAGGACGGGCUGUGGCGCGCUUCGAACGUCGGCACAACAGGUAGUCGAAAGAGCGUGCCGCUGCCGCUCCGCUACUACCCACUCGUGCCACCGACAGAUGACAGGAGCGCGAGAUGGAGCGCACCGGAGGGAGGGGAGGGGACGGGACUGUCAAGGGGAAAGACCCAACCAACGGGGUUUCGCUUGCCUUCGCACAACCGGCCGAGCUGCAGCAGCUUCGACCUACGACGGACGUCGACGACGUUGCGCUUCUCUUUCUCUAUCUCGCUUCUUCUUUUUUUCUCCUCUCUAUUUAUGCGACAUCUCUUUCCAAUAUUUAUAUUCCUCCUCGGACUUACGCUCUACGCGAGUAUCUUAGCAACGACGCGACGAGAGCGUCGAUCCUUCGACUAUGCUUGCUCUAUCUCUUUCUCUCUUUCGUAUUUCACCUUCCAUAUUCUAUUUUCUCCUUUCAAUAACUAUUCCUUUAUUUCACUGAAUUCUUUCGAUUAUUUACAAUGUUGCUUUCAAACGGACGAAAUCCUUUUCGACUUUGACCUCGGGAUAUUUAUAAUAUCACGUGUCAUUGAGCGUCGGCAUCGAACGCGCCGCGCAUAAGAUCCUUUAGCAAACAAUUACAUAACCUCACUUUUAAGUACCUCUAGCGCGUCAACUCACCCAGCAACGACACUAUGACGGCGGCAACCUCAAACUGACACGCUUCCUCUGUCAGAAGUUCGAGGACGUUCACGCGACCGCCUUCGAAGGACCGAACAGACACGUAGCCCGAACGACACUUUGGAUUCGGCUCCUCGUGAGCGCGCGAUGCCAUUAACAGAACUGCGCGUGGAAACUUGUAAUAAAUUGUGAAAAGAUACCUGCGAUUCUUGAUACACUUGUGAUGUAAACGAUCAAACAAAAGACAAUAAUAAUGGCACUUGACAGUCCUAAAAGUAAAUCUAGGAUCCCUUAUAUACCGGGUACGAAACCUUCUAUCAAAAAUGCACAACUUCUUGUAUCUACUGGAAUACCUUCUUUGGAUCACAUUUUAGGUGGCGGUUUACCUAUUGGAUCAAUACUCUUAAUUGAGGAAGAUACUUAUGGAACUUAUGCUAGGGUGAUGCAAAAGUAUUUUAUAGCGGAAGGAAUAGUUUCCAAUCAUCCUUUAUUAAUAGCUUCUCUAGAUACAGAACUUACUACUUUGCUUUCGGAAAUACCAGCUCCUAUAACGGACUCUUCAUCCGAACCUGAUGUACAAUCUAUGGAUGAAAGAAUGAAGAUUGCAUGGAGAUAUCAGAAUUUAAGAACAAUAGAUUCGUCACCAAUGGGAGGACGUGUUUUUGGACAUUUCUAUGAUCUUACAAAAUCAAUGGAUAAGAAAGUUAUUGAUAAUGCAAACAUAACGCAAUGGCAGGAGCCGAUGAAGAAUAUAAAAGAUCAUGCUUUUGAAAAUCCUGCUUAUGAAGAUUUAUUGAAAACUGUUUCAAAAACUUUAAAGAGUGGAAAAUAUUUCACUUUCGACGAACCAGAUAAAAGAAAUGUAUUGAGAAUUUCUAUUGGUUCUUUGGGUUCUCGAAUGUGGUUUUGUGAUUCCGAAGAGAGUACACAUGCGGACAUAUUUAAAUUUCUAUAUUGCUUUAGAGCUCUAUUAAGAAAUUCUUAUGCCGUUGCGACGAUAAGCAUUCCGAUUUUGAAUUUUGAUAAUAAUGACAAUUUCGUGGAACGACUUGAACACUUAUCGGACAUUGCUGUCAAAUUAGAAUCUUUUGCUGGUUCUGCAAAAGAAACAAAUCCUCUUUUCAAAGAUUAUCAUGGUCUAUUACAUAUACAAAAAUUACCGGCCUUAAAUAUAUUAGCUCCUCAUACUCCUGAAUCAAGAGAUCUUGCCUUUAAAUUACGACGUAAAAAAUUUAUAAUAGAGAUUCUUCAUCUACCACCCGAAUUAGGUGAUACUACUCAACGUGAACAAGACGAAACACCAACUACCAGCAGUUGUUCAGCCGGUGGAAAGAAAAAUCUUUUAGAUUUUUAACACUCUCUUAUUGUACAUUUCCAAAUGUAAUUUAUUUUUUACGUUUAUGAUGACCCAGUAAAAAUAUGAACUGUAAAUAAAAGAUUAUUUUUUAUAAUCGAA